AUGGAGCCUGGGAAAUUGUUGAGCGGUGAAAGAGGAAGAAGAAGUCCGAGGCUGGAUCUGAGGCUGAACUUGUCGCCUGUGAACUCAUCGUCGGAGAUAGUGACGUGGUCAAACAACUCGUCGGAGACGACGGUGGAGGGGUCAUCGUGCGUGUCUUGGGAGGCAGAAAAUGAGAGCGUGGAGACAAGGUCGAUGCAGCUCGUAGGUUGUCGGCGGUGCCUCAUGUAUGUUCUGUUAUCAGAUGUGGAUCCUAAAUGCCCCAAGUGCAAGAGCACCGUCUUGCUCGACUUCCUCAACGACGAUACCUCCUCCACCACCAAGAAACCAGACAACUAA